UGAUGUACUGUGUGUCUGUGGUGAGGUCCCAACAGGCCUUCUCUCAGGAUGAAUACAACCUCCGGAUGAUGAAGCUCGGGCCAGGAAGCAAUUACAGCCAUAUUGUCCGACCCUCCAGGCAGGUCCAGACACAGAUACGGUUCAACCUACUCACCAUCAACGACCUGAACACCAGAGGACAAACCAUGACGACGACAGGAUGGCUUACAGUUAAAUGGACAGAUCCACGUCUGCAGUGGACACCGGCAUCACAUGGAAAUGUCACGUACUUGUUUGACACAGAGAAGGUCAUCUGGCGACCGGAAGUAGUCAUUGACAACGCAGUUAAUGCAAUCGGCGUCAUAGAGGACGAUGACCUUCUGAUACGUGUCAAGCACACAGGGGAAGUGACAUGGGAGCCGCCAGGGCUGUUCUCUACGUCCUGCGACAUUGACGUCACGUACUACCCCUUUGACCGCCAGGCCUGCACUAUAGAGCUGACGAGUUGGAGCUAUAACAUCCACGAAGUUAAUCUCACACAAUUGUCAUCUGAAGUCUUCUCGGGCGACUUCAGCGAAAAUGGAGAAUGGGAUCUCAAGUCUACCUCAGUGACCUCCAAGACCCUGGUAGAGGCUGAAGGGACGUUCUCCCAGCUGGACUUUACCCUCCAUCUACAGCGGCGUGUGACCUACUACAUCCUUAGCAUCAUCCUACCCAUCGCCCUCACCUCUAUCCUGAGCGUCAUCACCUUCACCCUGCCCUUCGAGUCGGGGGAGAAGGUGAGCUACGCCCUCACCGUCCUGCUGUCUUACGCCGUGCUGAUGUUGUUGGUGUCAGAAAACAUCCCACCCACCUCAAUCACCGUCUCCGUCCUCGGUAUAUAUUUGGCACUUAUCUUGUUUGUUGGAGCAAGCACGACCGUCAUCACCGUCAUCAACAUACACCUGUUUCACAAACGGUCCAAGCCACCCGUCUCCAAAACAGCAAGAGCUUUUUGUCUCCACCGUCCUCUUGAACAUGGCCGGCUGGAAAACCCCGAGCAGCGCGUACAGAAAGCGAGCUCAUCUUCAAAGGUGAAAAUCGUUCCCUACGAGGACACAGAAAUGAACCAAAAAUCCGAGCAAGCGCCAGGCCGAUAA